AUGUAUACAUUUAUGAUCUAUGAGAGUGAGACAAAGCCAAAUGAAACUGAGAGUCUACAAAGAAGUCCUGUUUCUUUCGAGUUCACCGACAUAGUUAAAGCUGAAGAUGGAUUGAACCAAAAAAAGCUCAGAGAAAUCAAAAAAUCUAGAGUAGAGUUAAUCAAACGGAAACCGAGAAAUAUGUUCAUGAUCUUUCGCGGGCUAGUUAAACAUUUGAUAUUGAAGAAAAUACCAAACGGUUCAUUUGCUGAUGUAUCAAAAAUAUCAUCCAUGGCAUGGUCAAAGAGAACCCCAGAUCUUGAAAAAUAUGUCAAGUAUCUUUCGAAACAAGAAGAGACAUACCAAAACAGGCACUGCCUCAAUAAUCCUAGCUUGAAAAAGGAUGAAGCCAGAACUAGGUCUCCGCUAAAUAACGCCUCCAUAGUGGGUUUCAACUGUAGAGUUUUUAAGCAUUAUCAGGUGACCAAAAGUAGGAGUAAAAGUAAGCCGCACCACAGUGUUACUACCAGAAAGCUUUUUCCAGGAAAGUUUAGGAUUGAGGACAUUUAUGUAAACAGCGUCUAA